UUAAUUUUAUUUUGAGAAAUUCGUGAGUAUGCACAGCAUUUCCGGACACAUGCACGAUGCAAGGAUACACUAGUCUCCGUGGUCACUGGUCGAGAAGCCAAUCCAGAUUUUUUUUAGAAAAAUUGAAGGGACAUGCACGGAUGCAGCUAGCUUGGAGUAUUAUCUAGCUGGGGCUGGAUCCCAUAAAUAGUAGACCAAGCUGCAUCCUACUCUCCUCCCAGUUCCAUCUACACAGGCUGCAGAGGAGAACGGAUCAAAACCCUGAGAUCCGGCUGAUACCGAGAGAGAUAGAGAGAGAAGAGAUGGCAGGAGUAGAGCUUGCAAACGGCCUGCACGAAAGCACUGUAUCACUGGAGGAAGGCAGAGGAGGAGAUCAAGCAAGGUGUGAGAGUACAGAGCAAGAUGGAGCCGUCAACUGCCCCAUGUUCUCUGUCCAGUUCAUGCAGAAGAUCCUGGCGGAGAUCUUCGGGACCUACUUUCUCAUCUUCGCCGGUUGCGCGGCGGUGGCGGUGAACCUACGAACGGGCGGCACGGUGACGUUCCCUGGCAUCUGCGUCGUCUGGGGCCUCGCCGUCAUGGUGAUGGUCUACUCCGUCGGCCACAUCUCCGGCGCGCACCUCAACCCCGCCGUCUCCAUCGCCUUCGCCACCUGCGGCCGCUUCCCCUGGAAGCAGGUGCCGGCGUACGCGGCGGCGCAGAUGAUGGGGUCGACGGCGGCGAGCCUGACGCUGCGGCUGCUGUUCGGGAACGCGCGGGAGCACUUCUUCGGGACGGUGCCGGCGGGGUCGGACGUGCAGUCGCUGGUGAUCGAGUUCAUCAUCUCCUUCAACCUCAUGUUCGUCGUGUCAGGCGUCGCCACGGACAACAGAGCCAUUGGUGAACUCGCUGGCCUUGCAGUUGGAGCCACCGUCCUGCUAAACGUCCUCUUUGCCGGGCCUAUAUCAGGGGCGUCCAUGAACCCGGCGAGGACCCUAGGCCCGGCGAUCGUCGUCGGCCGCUACACCGGCAUCUGGGUGUACUUAGCCGGCCCGAUCGGCGGCACAGUGGCCGGCGCGUGGUCCUACAAUCUCAUCCGGUUCACGGACAAGCCGCUGCGAGAGAUCACCAGGACCUCGUCCUUCUUGAGAAGUGCAAGGAGGAACUAGCCCCAGUUCUGAACAUAGAUAGUUAGCAGUGCUGUUUCCUGAUGGAGUUUAGUAAUGAUGCCACCACUGCACAGUGUCAUGAGGGGGUAGACGUACCGGUGACGUCGUGCGAGCCAUGCAUGCCCAGGAGACGAGGAAGUUGCAAAGGAAACUUCUUCGGCAACCUAGAUCAGGAUAGAUUUGGAAAUAGUUUAGAUUCAGUUUGAUUGGAUAGAGUUGGAGUUAGCUAAGAGUUUGUUGGACCAUCUAUAUAAUGUAAUCGAGAGAAUCAAGGAAGCAAGCAAGCAAUUUAGACCCAAAACAAA